AUGGUUAAAUUCUACGAGUCCUCCUAUUCCUACGACUACUCUUUCCCCGCCGUAACCCUCGCGUACUUCCUGCGCUACCCCAAUCCCUACAGCACCCAUGUGCUCUCCACCGACGUGAUCUCGCGUUCCAUCGACUCCGCGGGCCGUCUGCAGACCACGCGCCUGCACAGGAAGAGCUCGAAGCUGCCCUCUGCGGUCUUGAACCUGCUGCCGAAGAGCGUGCUGGGGAGUGUACGUGGUGGGCGUUCCGAGACCUUCAUCUUGGAGACCAGCACGAUAGAUGUGGAAGAGGGAUGGAUGCGCACGGAGAGUAAGAAUCUGGAUUGGACGGGCAUCUUGAGCGUGGUGGAGAAGCAGGAGUAUAAGAGGCUGCUGCCUGUUGACGAGGGUGAUGAUUUUAGUGUUGGGGCUGGCACGACGAAUGUUUUGAGUACGGUGGUGUGCAGGAGUCGGUUGGGGGAUCGCUUGAGGGCGAGGGCUACGAGGAAGGGGGAGGCUGCUCCGGUUGAGGGAGAGGAGGAGCCCAAGAGAAGCUUCUUUGCUAGUUGGAGUAAGACGGGGAUACAGCGAAGUAUUGAGGCGAUUGCGAGUCGAAAGACUGAGAGUCAGUUGGGGAAGAGUAAGGAGGGUAUGAUGGUUGUGUUGGAGAGACUGCGGAGGGGUGGUUUGGUUGGGGUGUUGGAGGGCAUGAGGAAGGACCAGAAGUUGGUUUAUGGACAGGGAGGAACUUGA